AUGACUUGUCAUAGGCCCACCCUGCCACUCCUCCGGGGCAACACAACUUUAGAGUCAGCGCUAGAGCAAGAAGACGACAUCAUCCUUGAAUUGGGAUUUUCAGAACAGCGGAUCGAGUUAUUUUUGUCACUAUACAGCAAUAGGGACGAUAUUGAGAACAUUGCUGCAUACCAUCUCGGUCUCGUCCACUCUACAUCUGUGAACGAGAUUAACAGCCGGAGAAGCGAGCUAUCAUUAGAUUCCAUCUACCCUACAAAGUUGGAGAAGCCAGAAAUCCUGGCAAUGUCGACGAAAAACUUCGUUGCGAAGCUGCAACGUUUAUCUGGAUACAUGAAAAUUGUCCGGAGAUCCCUAUUCCAAAUUUAUGGGGCUUUGGACUUGUUGAUGGCCAAAGUAUUCUUUUGGAUGAUCCAAAGAUCUUUCAUGUGGCUCUUGGGAUAUAGCCUUCCUUGUCCCUAUAUUUGCCAUCAACUUUCGACUAUUCUAGAAAGUGGAUACCUGGUCAUGGAAUACGUUGGCAACUCAGAUACACAAAUGCUCUCAGAGACUUGGGAUAGGCACCGUCGUCACCAAGACAAGAGAAAGAACCUUUACAAGGGACUUUCUCCCAUAAUGCUUUCUCUCAGUCGAGUGCCACUACCUUAUGUAGGCUCUUGGACUUUAGAUCCGAAUGGUGUUUUGCAACUUUCUAAUCGCCCUCUCACUCUUCGACUCCAUCAAUUAGAGAAUGGAGGGAUUCCGACCAACAUAGCCGGAAUUCGACUUUUUCCACAGCGCAAGCAUAUUAUCUUGAUCUUCUGUCUUGUCAUGAUACCAAACUCCAUCAGCGAUGCUGAUGAUGGGCGGGCCCAGAUGGCAAGAUUGACUAUGAUGAAAGCCCUCCUACUGCAUUUCUCUGAUAGAGAACACCGAGAGGGGCCUUUUCUUUACAGGCUCACAGAUCUCCAUCCUAGCAAUAUUUUCGUUGACAGCGAAUGGAACGUCAAGUUUGUGAUUGAUCUAGAGUGGGCCUGUUCCCUACCGGCGGAAACCUUCCGUCCUCCAUACUGGUUGACAGGUCGUACAGUUGACGACCUAACAGGAGAGCAUCUCGAACCCUUCAGAGAGGCGUACGAAGAAUUUGUGAAGAUUUUCGAGGAGGAAGAAAAAAGGUUUCCUGUUAUCAGCACUUUGAAUUGUUACAGGACAACACUUAUGAGAAAUGGUUGGAAGACUGGAAGCUUUUGGUAUUUUCAUGCCUUGGAAAGCCCGAAAGGCUUAUUCAACCUCUUUCGCCAACAUGUCUAUCCCGCUUUUGUACCUUCGCGUCAGGUUGCUUCUGACUUUUCCGAGGUUGUUUCAGACUUUUGGGCUCCUAAUGUUGAAGAAGUCAUACUUGCCAAGCUCCGAGAUAAGGCGGAGUAUGAUAACUCGGUUUGUCAAUCAUUUGAUGAUGCUUCAGGCGAUGCUCGGGACGGAGCUUUGAAGGAAUGA